AUGGGUUCCUUGACCAAGGAGCCACGCGACUACUCCAACUACUUCCCCCACCUCACCUCACAAGAAGAAGACCUCGCCUUCUUGUACUCCAGACCCACCAACCGCCCUGCCCAGGACGCAAUGCCAUCAGGAGGGCGUCUAACCCCAUACAAUGACAGCCUCAUGGGCACAUCCCGUCACCACAACUUCGAUCUCACACCUUCGCCUACCUGCUCUGAGCCGGGAAGCAACGUGUUCUGA